AAUGAUGAAUACCAGAGGGACUAAGAAAGGAGGCAAGAAGAAGGUAGGCGUGCUCGAGUCGCUUGAUUAUUGUAAGGCCAAUACUAAGCAAACACGUAGUAAGAAACAAGCCACUAAAGCUCAACUUUUGCCUUAUCUUACUUGAAGUAUCUGCCAAGGGCUUUUUAGAGAUGCCCAGACUAUUAAUGAGUGCUUAUGUACGUUCUGUAAAGUGUGAAUCUAUGAUCAUUUCUAUUUUAAUAAAAAUAGUCAGAAGUGUCCGAAUUGUAGUGCCGACCUUGGAGGGAAGCCUACUAACAAAAUUGUAUCAGACAAUACGAUGCAAAAACUUGUAGAUAUCCUUUAUCCUCACUUCAAAACUAAGGAUGAAAAGAUCCGCAAAGAACUGUAUGCUCAAAAGAUGAUAAAAGAAGGAAAAGAUCCUGAGAAAGAGAAUAUGCUUAAAAGAGAGGAAAUUUUGAGGAACCAAGAAAUAGCCAAAGAGAAAGAAAAUGAGGCUAAUAAGAACUUCCUUCUCCUUCCUUGUAACAAUCUGGUUGAUGAUGCAGCAGUUAUGAAAGCUUUACCUUCACAAAGUUAUACCACAAGCGCCAAAAGAGAUAUCAAGUAUAUCAAAAGGUUCCUUGCUCACAAGCUUGGUGAUAUCAACUGGGAAGAUAUAGAAAUAUACUGAUAUGACCAAAGACUCAGCGACAACAGAGAUCUAUCAUAUAUCUUCACCAUGAUUUGGAAGCAGCAUAAGAUGACUAAGCUCAAGCCUGAGGAAGAACAGAGAAUUCUUGUCUUACAUUACUGUAAGAAGGGCACUUUUAAGAGUGACACAUAAUUUCAAUAAUUAAUGAAAACACUG